GCCAAAAAAUUUUUAUUUCGUAAUUUUCUUUUGUGAUAAGCACAGUACCAUCAUAAAUGAACGUUUAUUUAGGAACUAUAAAAACGAAUUCACUGAAAAACAUAUAUGUUCGGGUCAGCUUUUUAAAAAUUGUUGUAAAGUGCAUCAAAAUACAACUUUGUGCUCUUCGUACUAAAUAUUACAAAGUAGCUACAGUUUGAAUCACGCAUACAAGUUUGGGUCGCUUGGUGACUAUUUUAUUAAAUAAUUUACUUUAAAUAAAAAUGCCGCCGUAUAAAAGGAAUAAACCCCCGAAAAUUCCUGAACCACCUCAAGAGUCCAGCAGAAACUCUGCAGAAGAUAAAGUGGUAUCUGGCCAGUUAGAGAAAAAGAUAAAAAAACAAAAACGAGCUAGUAAACCGAUUAAGAAUCGUGGAGUUGUAUUUAUUAAGCAUUUACCACAUGGCUUUUUCGAAGAACAAAUGAGACAUUACUUUUCACAAUUUGGCGAUGUUACCCGUUUACGACUGGUGCGCUCGAAACGUACCGGCGGUACGUUUUUUUAGUAACUGUUGAGCGGC